AUGAAGGCAGACCCUGCCAAGCUGGCCGACAAGAUGCUGCGUACCCCCAAGUGCUCGCGGUGCCGGAACCACGGUUUCCUGGUGCCGGUCAAGGGCCACGCGGGCAAGUGUCGCUGGAAGCAGUGCACCUGCGAGAAGUGCUACCUGAUCACUGAGCGCCAGAAGAUUAUGGCAGCGCAGAAGGUGCUCAAGAAGCAGGCCUCGGAGGAGGAGCAGGAGAUGGCCCUUGGCGCACACGGGCCGGAGCUGUUGUCUGGGGCUGCGGCCGCUGUCCCGGGCCCAAGCCUCCGCCAGCUGCUUCCGCGGGCCGUUUCGGGAGACCAGGAGCUUGGCCCGGAGUGCCGCGUGGCCGCGGGCUUCCCCGAGAGGCCUCCGCGGGGCCCGAGCCCAGGCCCGAGCGCCUUCCAGCCAGUUCUGGGCAGCCGCGGCCACGUGGGGCUGAGCGAACGAGCCACCGUCGCCAUGCCCAGUUCCGUGGGGCCCCAGCUUGGGGCGGAGGCCGCAGGCAAGGGCUACCCCGGCCGCUUGGAGCUGCGCAGGCCGCUGCGGCCCAUGCCCAGCCCGCCGUUCGCCGACUUUGGGUUCCCUCUGAGCAUCAGCUCAGACUGUGUGGUGGGGUCCGAGUACCUGGAGAGAGACCCUUCUAAGCUGUACCCCAGCUGCUCCAACAUGCAUUCUUACUGCCCAUUCCCACUGGGCUAUCAAGAUGGCUCCCCGACCCCAGGGAUCCCUCUGCAGCGGGGCUUCCGGCAUGUGUCCUGCAGCCACUUCCAUGGAGGGGCCUUGGUGCCCGAGCCGGUGGGAGACUACCAGCCCAGCUACUACCCACCGCCGCCGCCGCCGCCGCCGCCACAGCCACCGCAGCCUCAGUUUCUCCCGCCGGGGUUCCUGUCUGCGCUGCACUUCCUGCCACCGCUGCCGCCACCGCCGCCCCCAGCAUCCUUCUCUCUCACUGUCCUAUCUGAUACGGACAAGGAAACCACUGAUGACCAGGAGCAGGACGCCGAAGUGCCCGCAGCGCCACCCUGUGAGCCCAGCCAGCCGCCCUCUCAGAAGCCGUCUGACUAG